AGGGCUCGGCAAGUGCGGGACAGCAUGCGGUUACUUUCAUUUAGGUUGUAGCGCGUAUGUAUGCCACUGUUCGGACUUUAACUUGCUGUCUGUGAGGGAUUUACUGCCUUUUUUAAAGAAAAGGAUAGGCUGUGUGGAUGACUGUUAAGGUGUAAUAAAGACUACGAACAAGUCACAAAACAAGAAAAUCAGAAAUAGCCCCGACAUGGUAAUGGUGUCAGAGGGUCCCGCUGGGUCCCAGCCCGUCCGCAACCCGGGUCGACCUCUCCAAGUCGGCUUUUACGAAAUCCUGAAGACGCUGGGGAAAGGGAACUUCGCUGUGGUGAAACUUGCACAGCAUAAAGUUACUAAAACACAGGUUGCCAUCAAAAUUAUUGAUAAGACGAGGCUGAACUCCUCAAAUCUCAGAAAAGUUUACAGAGAAGUUCAGAUCAUGAAGCUGCUACGUCACCCAAACAUCAUCAAGCUUUAUCAGGUCAUGGAGACAAAGGACAUGCUGUACAUAGUGACGGAAUACGCGAGGAACGGAGAGAUGUUCGAUUACCUCACUGCCAACGGACGCAUGAGUGAAGGGGAGGCCCGCAAGAAGUUCUGUCAGAUCCUGACAGCAGUGGACUACUGUCACCAGCACCACAUUGUGCACCGGGACCUUAAGACCGAGAACCUGUUGUUGGAUGCCAACAUGAACAUCAAGCUAGCAGACUUUGGCUUCGGAAAUUUCUACACUGCUGGGGAGUCCCUGUCCACGUGGUGUGGGAGCCCUCCCUAUGCCGCUCCCGAGGUCUUCGAGGGGAAGGAGUAUGAGGGCCCUCUGCUGGACGUUUGGAGCCUGGGUGUUGUCCUUUAUGUGCUGGUGUGUGGAUCUCUGCCCUUUGACGGACCCAGCCUACCUGUGCUGAGACAGAGAGUCACGGAAGGCCGCUUCCGAGUUCCGUUCUUCAUGUCGCAAGACUGUGAAAACCUGAUUCGGAAGAUGUUGGCGGUAGACCCUGCCAAGCGGAUCAGCAUUGCCCAAAUCAAGCAGCACCGUUGGAUACUGGCUGAUCCAGCCGCUUGCUUGGGGCUCACCUGUCCUGCCAUCCGCUCCAGCUCUGGCCUGGAGGACUACAGCCAGUCGGUGCUGGGAAUCAUGCAGGCUCUUGGAAUCGAUCGGCAGAGAACCAUUGAGUCUCUCCAGAAGAGCAGCUACAACCACUUUUCGGCCAUCUACUACUUGCUUCUGGAGCGGCUGAAGGAGCAACGAGCACAUCAGCUCAGCCUGCAGGCUGGUGGGGGGGGGCAGUGCCCCCAAAGCCCCAGUGAAACUUCUGGCCGAGAGCUGAGGCCCUCUCCCCGCCCCCAUGUGGCCAUGGAACUUUCUGACAGCUUCCAGACAGCCUUCCAGAAGCCGUCGACGGUGAGCCCCACAGCACAUGGGGAGACAGAGUGUGACUCCUGUCAGCACUUCCGGCAGGUGGUCUUCCCUGUUGAAGCAGGCCUGAAUGGGCUGCUUCAGAACCGGUCCAUAUCUCCCAUCAGUCUGUUGGAGAGUGCUGUCGGCAAAGAGGUGCAGCCUCAGGAACUGGAGGAGGAGGAGCCUUUGGUGACCCCGCCCAUCCAGUUGCCCGCUAACACCUCCCGCAGACACACGGUGGCUGAGGUCUCCACCCACUUCCGCAUGGGCAGCGCUCCCUGUACUGUGGUCAGUCCCUCAGACGGCACAUCCUCAGACAGUUGUCUGCCCACCUCCUCCAACACCAGCCCCUCGCAGCCCCCGCCUGCUCUACAGAGCCCCACAGCAUUCCCCUUCACCCAGUCCUCCUCUUUGCUGCUUCAGACUCAUGCCAGCUUCCAUCAGGGGCGUCGGGCCUCUGACACGUCUCUCACACAAGGGCUGAAGGCCUUCCGGCAGCAGCUCAGGAAAGUACCCCGAGCCAAGGGCCAGCUAGGUUUCAGCAAGAUCAAGGGCCCCAACACUGCAUGCCUCCGGGGCAGCCGAGGACACCCGGGACUCCCCGCUUGCCUCAACGGUUCCACUGGGCUCCACGAACGCCCCUGCCUUUUAGAGGAGGUGCUACACCAACUGAAGGUACUUCAGAUGCAGCAUCAGCUACGGCCUCCCUUUCCCAGCCAGCAGCAACAGCAGUCAGACUCUCCCCUGCCCUUCCGAACGCACAGAAAUGCCCCUCUCGAUCAGCAGGGCCCGCUCUGGCAGCAACAACCCAUGGAACCAGCUGCAUCCAGUUCCUCCUCAUCCUCCUCUUCCUCCCUGUCUCCGGUGCUCUCUGCUGCGCAACUCCUGGAGGCUCAUCUGCACAUCAGCCAACAACCUUGGGUCCAUUCCCAAGCCCCAUCGCAGCCCCUGCCCCUGCCGGAGGGCCCGCCCCUGCCUACUUUCCCCUUGUUCCCUGCUCAAGGACGCUGGAGUCCGGGGACAACGGCAAGCAUGGAGCCUGCAGUGCAGGAACUGAAUAUGGCGGGGCAGGCUCAGCUCAGCAGCUGUGUAAUGGUCAAGUAAAGAGGAAAGCUUCGCGGAGAGAAAACUGUGCUGACCUGGUGGGAACUGAACCUCAGAGCCCCAUUACGCAGCAGGAGUGUGAAGCCGUGGAGGGAGCAGGCCUUGGGGAAGCACAGGGGGCUGGUCCCUGGUGAGGCCAUGAAGCCCAGGAGGCAGCAGGAUCAUGGAGAUCCAUCAGGAGCAGGACUCCUACUUAAAGUAUCUCUACCACAAAAAAAAUAAAAGAAUUAUCAAUUCAGCAAAGUACUAAGUAUUUAUCUCUCUGCUAAAAAAGCUAAACCACAAAGGAUCUGCACAACCGUGGACCAACGUGUGUAUUUAUGACUACAUCCGUUACCUCUGCCUGCAUGAGCAUGCUUACAUGCGCCAGUGUUUCAGCCUCCGGGCUCCUAGCGUACGUUUGUAUGCGUUUAGCGUGGCUGCAGACUAUAAGCAAUAAGCAGGCUCCAGCACCUAGCUGGCCCCAGCUGCCAGCUGAGCAAGAUGGCGAAGAAGUGGUCUUCCCUUAAUGACCUGCGUCAUGCACAGAUAUGCUCACGUCAAAGACAUUUGUAACUUCAAGGGUUUCAAUAGAAAGAGGUUCUGUCUUCCCAGAGACAAUGCCAAGCUUGCUGACAGCACUCGUCCCUGGUUUGUUUUCCAUCUUCUUUUCCUGGUUUCUUUUCAAUAUUAGACUAAAGCUUUAGUUGUCUUCUUAUUUAAAGUACAUAUUUACAAGCAGAGUUAUUUUCCCCUCAAAAGUUUCUUUGCGGAAGGUGCUUUUGUUUCCCUUUAGAUGAAUUGUAGCUAAGCUCACAGGUACUGGCUGCAAACAUGCCAUAUUUGAACUGACAUGACCAAACGUGUGCUUGCCAGGCUCCCAGUGUGACAGCACACGUGACUCUGCACACGUCAAGCUCCUCCAUAGCAUGUGACUCAAUUGGUUCAUGCUGUCAGCAAACAUAGCAAUCCGAGUGGAUUCGUACUGCAGAAAAGAAGAAGAAAAGUAGGGCUCGCUGGCUGAUUAUCACGCUUCUUUAAGAGAUGUGGUUGUCAUGGCUGCAUCUACCCUUAUUUCCUUGGGGGAGGCUAUGUUCUGUCUUCCUGCAACUACCUCUCCGUUGGUAAAUCCAGUCUUUUUUGAGUAAACAGUGUUAGGCUUAGAUAUAGCCAAGUGUGACACUGCAAGUACCUGCAAGUACCUGCGAGUAAAUGCAUGUACUUGCAAAAUAGAAGAGGUCAAUGGCUCCUUUUGUGGCUUCUUGUACAUGAAACAUGAAAUUGUCCUUUUCAUUGUUGAGUUUAUCUUAAACCGUCAGGGUCUCAAGCAAUAAUAUCCUCUGUGUUUUGACCAUGUGCAGAAACGUUUCAUUAGAGAUUAAACUGUGCACUCGUGUCACAUUUAGAAAGUAGUGCCGUCAUUGUCCUUUAAUUCAUACCAUUGGUACUGUCACACUGAUAUUUAUCCAUCACCUUGGACUUGCAUUGUCUUCCAUGUCAUUUUCAUUAUGCUCCAGAGGAAUGAAAACACAAGACUAGUUUGGUCAGAAAGGGGACACAAUGAAUAGUAAUAAAGAAUGUUAUUGUUACCAGCAGUCUGUGGAUUUCAGCGGCCUGUACCUUUCAAACCAGUCUAAUGAAAAUGUUUAUAGUGGACAGCUGAAGGUGUUUCACAUCCAGUCAAUAAGAAACAUCCUAUCAUGUAUGUGAUUCUCUUCAUUUUCAGGAAUGCACUUUUGAACAGAAAUGUCUUGCUUAAGAUUCAUAUUGGUUCAGUUCCAUCUUCAACACUGAAGUAUGACUCUUUUUUUUUUUCCAAGCGUAUAUGUGCAACUAAAUUUGCUCGGCUGUUCUGUUCUGGCAAACAAAUGUCUGUAUGAGUAUGUGUGUGUAUUUCAUGUACAUUUAUAUUUAUUUUAAUAAAAUUCCUUCAAAGAU